AUCGAUCUCAAUUCAGUUCACAAACUUACCUCCUCCCAGGUAGUGAUCGAUCUGCAAACCGCGGUUAAAGAGCUUCUCGAAAACAGUCUAGACGCUGGUGCUAAUGCCGUUGAGAUCAGGUUCAAGGAAUAUGGGCUCGAUGGACUUGAAGUAAUCGACAAUGGUACUGGUAUACCCGAACAAGAUUUAGCUACAGUCGGCCUCAAUCAUCAUACAUCCAAGCUCACCACGUUCGAGGACCUAGGACAACUCAAGACAUUUGGGUUUCGCGGUGAAGCGCUUAGUUCACUUUGUGGACUUUCUAAGGUCAAACUCCAAACUUCGACCAGUGAGACAGAACCAAGAGGCUGGGCCGUUGAUUUUGACAAACUCGGAAAUGUUACAUCCAAGAAAAUUUGUUCCCGUUCAAGAGGUACAACAAUUGGAAUCAGUGAACUGUUCUACCCGCUACCUGUUCGACAGAAGCAGUUUGCGAAAGAUUACAAAAAACAUUUUGCACAGGCUCAAACAUUACUUCAAGCCUAUGGCCUCAUCUCGACUAGUUUGACCCUCAAAGUCUACAAUCAACCAGGAAAAGGGGGAAAGGUCGCCCAAUUCCAGACUCGCUCCAAUGGCAACCUCAGACAGAAUUUUUCCGAUAUUUUUACUGCUAAAGCAGCAGCUACAGUAAUCGAUUUGAACCUUGAACUCUCCAUCAAUCCAGACAAGGUGGUACUCAAGUCUCAAUUAGAAGCAGAAGCAGAAGCAGCUUUAAGUCGAACGGUUCACAAGAGUGAUUUUGCAAACAUGAAGAUUAUUGGACAAUUCAAUCUUGGCUUCAUUAUUGUAGGAUUGGGUGAGGAGGAUGUGCUUAUUGUGGAUCAACACGCGAGUGAUGAAAAGUACAACUUUGAACGUCUUCAGCGAGAUACGAAACUAUCAGGCCAGCGCUUACUUACGCCACGAACUUUGGAUUUGCCGGCGGCUGAAGAGCUGACGGCCAUGGAACAUCGGGACUUGCUCGAAAUGAAUGGCUUUGGAAUUUUGAUCGACGAAGAUGCACCAGUUGGACAGCGAGUGAAGCUGGUGGCUCAGCCUGUGAGCCGGGAUACCAUCUGGGGUCCUUCUGGUAUGUCUUUUUGUCUAUGUAGCCUUACAGGGGCACCACCGCUAAGACCUUCCAAAACUAGAAAAAUGUUUGCGUCUCGAGCAUGUAGAAGCAGUGUGAUGAUUGGAGAUUCUUUGACGACUGGGCAGAUGAGAUCUAUCCUGGACCACAUGGGAAUGAUGGAAGAGCCUUGGGCAUGUCCACAUGGAAGACCUACGAUGCGAUGGGUUAGUUCUAAAUUUGCCACAUUCAGUUUUUGA